UGGAGUAAAGAAUGGAACAUGGGUGGGAAUGGUGAUUUGAUCAAUAUGACAUCAAACAAAAAUGAGGUGGCCCCAUCCACACUCAUUUGUUCAAUGAGACAAAGAGGUAAUCCUCACCCUCUCUCCUUCAUUCCUGCGGCCAGCACACCCCAAUUAAGAGCAAGAACCUCUCCACCCAUCAUCCUCCAUUGUUGAGGAGAGCUCAAGCAAGCAAGAAGCUCAAGGAAGGAGAAGAAAUCGCAAAAAUAGAGAAAACCCUUGGUAAUAGAGGUUGAAGCUAGGGCUUGCUACCUGCACCUUCUUACGGGUGAACUCAAAUCAAGGAAGACGUGAAAUGGAGGGUAGGCGAAUGGCAACGAGGAACAAUCCGAGGGGCCAGGCACCAGUAACAUCCAUGAGGGGUAGCCGGGCUGCAUCUCGGAGGAGAAGAGGAGGCCGAGUGUGCUGUGGGGGCCACCGGGCCCAAAUAGUGAGCGACGGCCACAUAAGCUCGGUGUUUGAAACUAACACUGACGACUAUGACUCGACUUUUGUUCCCGGCACGGAGCAUGAGGAGACCCCGUAUGACGGGGGUGACUUCCACACUGACGAGGAAGACAACAAUGAGAGUGAUGCCCGAUUCGCUCAAAUGGGCGAAUUGCUUGAGUGGUAUCAAAAAGAGAAACUAAGGAGAGACCUGAGGCGCCAAGCAAGGCACGGUUCUCGUGGUGGUUCGGUUCAAGGAAGCCGGGGAGCUUCAAGGGCCACUCCAGCGGCGUCACAAGGUGGGCGUGAAGGAGGGUUUUGUGUGAGAAUCUCCAAGUACCUCAAGGAGGCUAGGGCCUUGGGGUGUAAAUCCUUCGACGGCACCAGUGACAUUACUGUUGCCGCCGAUUGGAUCAAGAAAGUGAAGGAUGCAUCAAUGGAUAUGCAGGUCACACCCGACAUGAAGUUGACUGUUGCUUCACGUUUGCUUGAAGGAAUCGCUUCUACAUGGUGGGAGAGUGUAGAAGGAAAGUACCGGGGGGCCAUCACAUGGGCGAAGGGACACCUACAUGGGAGAUGGUGGCCAAGGGAGCGGUUUUGGAGGGAGCUACUACGGAGGAGAAGGCGGGCACUAGGGACAGUGCUUGAUUCAAGUGCGGGGGAGACACUCAUGAUGGUAUGUAAUUUUCAUUUCUACCUAGCACUAUGCAUGUAAUUCUUUUGAACUUUUUCACAAAAAAAAAGCAAACAAAAAAAACAAAAGAAAAUAAAUGCUAGUUAGGUUGAAAACCCAACAAAAUGGGCAAUCUAAGCAAAAAAGGCUUAUAAAAAAAUGAGUGAGUUGGAGAGAAUGGAAAAUGAAAAGAGGUGCUAGGAUGAAAACCUGAAAAGGCUCCUAGGCAAAAUGAGAGAUAUGAGAGAAAUGUUUGUUCUUGCAGGCACUCAUUGUAUCCUUGUGAAGAAUAAGAAGAUUCAAGAUAAAAAAGAAGAGAGGAGGAGAAAAGAAGAUAACACUAGGAGGCCAUUAAACCCAAGAUGCUCUUUUGUAAUUUGAGUUUAAAACUCAUUUUUCUUUGUCAUCCUUGGUGGUCUUUGUGUUUGUAUUGUGUUGAACUGUGGAACUUUUGGACAAACAUUGAUACUUGUAAACAUUUGAUCUUACUCGAGACGAGUAAAGGUUUAAGUGUGGG